CCUCGUCACCCAGUCCUUUCUAUAACGUUGAUUUGGAUACUUUCUUCUGACUUGAUACUCUUUCAUAUAUUUAAUAUCUGUUUCUUGGAUAAUCCCCAGUCUUCCACGCAGUCAGGCCGAGUCUUCCUGCCUCUCCACCAUUAUGGCUGAAUUCGAGAUCGACCUCUACGAGGUCCUGGAGAUUGAGCGAAGCGCAAGCAAAGACGAGGUCCGAAAAGCUUAUCGCAAGGCAGCCCUCGCAAGCCAUCCCGAUAAAGUUCCCGAAGACGAACGCGAAGACGCAGAGGUGAAAUUCAAGUCGGUCCAAGAAGCCUACGACAUCCUUUACGAUGACGACAAGCGCCACCUCUACGAUACCCACGGUAUGGGUGCGUUCAAUGGCUCCGGUGAGCCUGGCAUGGGCCCUGGCGGCCCCGACCUCGACGACAUCCUCGCCCAGAUGUUCGGUGGCAUGGGUGGCAUGCCCGGUAUGGGCGGCAUGCCCGGCGGUAUGCCCGGCGGACCCCGCGCGAACAAACCCCGGAGGAGUCCCAACGAAGAGCAGAAGUACGAAGUGAGCCUGGAGGAUCUGUACAAGGGCAAGACGGUCAAGUUCGCGAGCACCAAGAACAUCAUCUGCAGCCUGUGCAACGGGAAGGGCGGCAAAGAACGGGCGCAGGCCAAGAAGUGCUCGACGUGCGACGGACAUGGUGUCAAGCAGGUGCUGCGACAGGUGGGACAGUUCUUGUCCCCGUCGACUGUCGUCUGCUCGACCUGCAGUGGCGACGGCCAAUUCUUCAGCCCCAAGGACAAGUGCAAGAAGUGUAAGGGGAAGAAGACUGUGGAAGCCAAGAAGAUGUUAGAGAUCUACGUGCCUCCGGGAGCGAAGGAAGGGGACAAGAUUGUUUUGGACGGUGAGGCGGACCAAGCACCGGACCAAGAGCCCGGAGACAUUGUCUUCCAUCUGGUUGAAGAAGAACACCCGAUCUUCCGGAGAUCUGGAGCCGACCUCACGGCCACCAUCGAAAUCACACUGGCCGAAGCGUUGGCCGGGUUCUCCCGCGUCGUGAUCAAGCACCUCGACGGGCGGGGUGUGGAGCUCAAGCAUCCCCAGAAACCGGGUCAGGUCUUAUCGCCCGGACAGGUCCUGAAGGUCCCCGGGGAGGGCAUGCCCAUCAAACGGAGCGACUCCCGGGGUGAUCUGUACUUGAUCGUCGACGUCAAGUUCCCCGAUGAGAAAUGGAAGCCGAGCCCCGCCGUGCUGGCGAGCCUCAAGGAGAUACUGCCUAAGCCAGGCCCUGCCAUCCAGGCAGACACCGUGGACGAGGUAGAAUACGACCCGAAGGGCAACAUGGAUGAGUUUGGGUCCAACGAUCAAGGGGGGUCUGCAUGGGAGGACGAUGAUGAUGAGGGUGAGACGGCGCAGUGCACAGCGCAGUAAUCUUGCAUGCUUGCGUUUGUCUUUUCCUCUGUUUGCAUUUCGUUUCUUUUUCUUUUUCCUAUUUUGUUUUUUCUUCUCUUUGUCUGUUUGUCACGGCCGUUGUCUAUACCUCUUGCAGCAGGGCUUAUUUAGAACCGUCGGAAAGACGCAUUGGGACCAACUUUCCUCUGGCAUCGCUGGCGUUUGCGGUCCAAAUCAGCAGCUUGGUCUGAUAUAAUGGUGAUGAUAGAAAUAUACUACAUACAUGUUGCAAUCAGUGUCUCACUU